CGAAUAUACAGUUAUCCUCACUUUAAUGUCAUUUAUAAUUUGUCCUUGAAUUCUCCACCAUACUUUUCAUAACUCUGUUUGCACGAGUUGCAUGAGAAUGCUGUCAUUCACGUAAAAAAUGGUGUCAAAUAAGUUGUAAAUGCAAUAUCAUCUAAACGUAAUUAAUGGAUUAUGCAGUUCAAGAUAAACUUUAUCUCAUAACGUAACGAACAUGUAUAAUGUUGUAACAACAACUUUACCUACACUGAUUUAAGUAGCAGUCGGUUUAUAAGUGACUUUAUUGAUUCAUUUUGUGUUUUGUUAUUGUUGUCAGAAAGUAUAACGGAAGUGCCUCACAACUGAAGCGGAAACCAGUUUGAUGCGCAAAGUAGUCCAAUCUAAGUAAUAUUUUUUGACAAAUGUCCACAGAAAUUAAUAAUUUUCUAAUAUUAAAGACGAAUAUCUGAAUAGGAUUCAUUAUUUGAUAAGAAAUUAUAAUCAUCGACAUGUCUUUUUUUAAAAAAUCGUACACGCACUGACACCUAAGUUGUCUCCCGUUGUUUAUUAGAGUUACCUUUCGUCCGGCGCAGUAAUACAUUUGCAGUGAAUCGCCGAGAAGUCGUGGGAAAAUUAAAAACCAUGUAAAUAAACUAAAGUUAACCACCUUUUCAAGAUGAAUUUCAAGUGAUCGCCAUUAUGCAUUUAACCCGCCUGACCUGUGUAGCAUCUUAGGUAUCUGUUCUAAGGUAUUCAUUGUGUAGAAUGUCAUGUUAUGCCCUUACAAUGCUAAUCCCACUCUGAUUUUUUUUUGUUUACAUUUUUAUCAAUGAGAAAUAUGGCGUCCAUCCCGAGUUGAAAUGACGUGGCGUUAAAUUUUUACAUGUUUAAACAAACCUGGUGUGUUAGAAAGAAAAUCUCAUCCCUUCAACAUUAUUUGGAACACUGUUAUUGUAAAAAACCUGUUAUUUCCUUAUACAAAAGCUUAAUAUUUUGUGUUGAAUGUACUUUCACAAAGACCUCUGUUUUCCUAUUACAUUCAUAGUACCACAUCCUUAUCCACAAAAUACUGAAUAUUACAGGUGUCCAUCAGUAUUAUAUCAGUUUAGGAAUAUGUUUUUUAUUUUCCCACCAUCGAUUUCUUGAAUAUGCACCCCUCAUACAUUUCUGUAUGAACUAUGAAUGUAGCAAUAUGCGUCCCCUUAAAAGAAACAUUAUGUCACAUGUUUAAUCAUGAAUAUAUAUAUGACCAUCCCCUAAUAUUCAGUAUCUUAAAACAUCUUUUACAAAGAAUCGACUCCGAUAUGUGGAUUGUCUCUGAGAUACAUCAUUUAUUGCUUAGAAUGGAAAUGGAUGAAGAUAGCAGUAUAGUCUGGCUAGCUUCGCGAUAUGCAAAGUCCUGCAAUGAUCUUCACAUGCUCCGCCUCGUUGAUGAAGUCAAGAAGAAUUCACUUUGAUUCUUUGUUAUUGUAUUUUCUUAGAUAUAGACAUGUACCUCACAAUGUCUCAUAACUGUCAGAGAUGAUAACAUGUAAUAAAAUACAAGUAUUUGUAAUAAAGUUUAACAUCUUAAGUUGUUUCUUUUACGUUCUUCUACGCUUUCAGAAAUGCCUAGAACAUAUACUCAUAAGAAACGAGGCAAGACAAUGAACUAUGAUACAAAACAACUAGCUGAUGCCUUGAAAGCGCAUCAAAAUGGGAUGUCCAUCAGAGAAGCUUCAAAAGCGUACAAUAUCCCAAAAUCAACACUAGCUGACAGAGCUAGUGGCAGAUAUGAGGUAAAUGUAACUCAUGGUCGUCCGUGUGCGAUACCAAUUGAAGUUGAAAAGAAAAUUGUCGUAAGAGUGAAAGUAGCCGCUGAGAGGGGAAUUGGAAUUUCGCGGAAGCAGUUGCUACUUAGGACAAACGUGUUGUGCCAACGCAUUCAGGUGCAUACAUCCUAUAAGAACUUCCACGCAGGUAAAAAUUGGUGGGAAGGCCUCAAGAGACGUCAUGGGCUUACACUUAGACAGCCAGAGCGCCUCGGUAGUACGCGUUGUCGUAUGAUGAAUCGUGACGUUGUAGGAAAGUAUUUUGAGGCAUUGUCAAACAUCAUUACUUCCUCAAACUUGAAUGACAAGCCAGAAUUCAUCUGGAAUUGUGACGAGACCAGCAAGAAUUUUGAACACAAUCCAAUUAAAGUUGUUUCUGGUAUAGGUGCUAAAAAUGUAUGUGGUAGAACAAGUAGCAAAUCUACUAAUAUAACCAUUAUGGCAUGUGUUAACGCAGCCGGCAAAGCUAUGCCACCCAUGUUUAUAGUAAAGGGAAAGACCCCAAGGUCAUUGUACUCGUUCAAUACUCAGGCAGCUCCUCCUGGUACUAAGUGGUCCUACCAGGAGAAGGGCUGGAUGACGGACCAAAUAGGUGAACAGUGGUUCGACACUGUUUUCCUGCAAAACUGUGGUACCCAUCGACCCCAACUCCUGAUUCUUGAUGGCCAUAGUAGCCACGAAUCUCUAGCGAUACUCCAGAGGGCUAUUGAAGAGAAUAUAUAUAUUCUUGUCCUGCCCCCUCAUACCACGCACCAUCUUCAACCUUUGGACAAGUCAGUAUUUGGUCCUUUUAAUAAGGCAUACAGUUCAGCUUGCUCCGAAUUCUUACAAGAUCCAUUAAACUCCGUGAAUAAAUGGAACUUCCCCGCGCUGAUCACAAGAGCAUGGGUAUCAGGUCUGACUGAGGGGAACAUAAAAUCUGGAUUCGCUGCCUGUGGCAUAUUUCCUUUGAACAAAAAUGCCAUCCAUGAUCAAGCUUAUUCCCCAAGUUAUCCAUCUGACAAACCACUUGACAGUCAAACUCAAAGUCCUUUUGUAGAACAUUUCUCAAUCCCACAAGGCAUAGGAAGUAGUUCUUCAUCUGUAUCUAGUAUGAGUACUGAGGUAAACCAUGUUGACACAUCUCUUCAAAGUGUCAACACUUCAAAUUUCAUGGACCCAGUUGUUACUGAUCAAACUGAGUCUAUUGAUCAGGUUAACAACCAAGGCGACAGCACUGUAGAUGUUGUAAUGGACCCAGUUGUUACUGAUUAUAUUAAGUCUAUUGAUCAGGUCAAAAACCAAGGUGACAGCACUGUAGAUGUCGUAAUGGACCCAGUUGCUGUUCUGGAUCUUCUCUCUAGCGGCGAUUUUAUAGUUGAUGGAGAGAUAGAUUUUCCAAUUACAGAUAAUUCUUUGACUCUUCCCAACUCUCCAUGUAACAUAAGUCCUGAAAUUAAUACCGAAACCACGCAAUGCCAGUCUUUAGUACCGUCCGCUAAUUGGAAUCAAGAUCUGGAUUCCAUAUUCCUCCCGCCAAGCGGCGGUGUACCCAAUGGCCCUGUGGCAAAAAAAACGAAAGGCUAUUACAUCUCAUAG